AUGCUCGACCUCGACAGUGCCUCCAUCGUCGUUUCCUCAGGCUCAGGCUCAGAACGCGUUGUCCACGUCUACCCCGACCGAGCGGAUCGCACAUCCUCUGGUGGCAGCACGUCGGCGCGCUCACCAACAUCUAGCGGAGGAAGCUUUGGCAGCGAGGAGAGCUGGAGUGAGGUCGAGUACGACGACGACGAAAUCGACCCCUCCGACAGCGCCUCGCGAUCGCGCCAUCCCCACAGUCGACGACAUACCGUGGAGGCCCCGGCUCCGUCAAGACGGCACUCCUCCCACAGGCGGGUGGUGGAGGUGGAGCGAGACGAGUUACCGCCUCGCAGACAUUCGUCCCGUCGUCACCAUUCGAGUCGACACGACAGCAGCCAUUCGCGACAUCGACGACGAGACUCUUCACGGCGCGUCCCUUCUGACGAGUCGUCCAGCACCGUGGCGUCUCACGAUGACUACCCACCCUACGGCCACCAUGGCAUGCCACGCGCCGCAUACCCCCCAAUGGGCGGGUAUAGCAGGCCGCCGCAAAGCCAUGGUGGCUACCCACCUAGUAUGACCUCGGCAGGUUACCCAGACCCCUAUGCGCCUCCACAUCAAGCUCUCGUGCACAUGCAACGACAAGACCCUUUUGGAUACCCUCAACCGAAUCCAUUCGCGCCGCAAAGCCAGGCCCCCAAUCCAUUUUCGCCAAUCUCCUCCCAUGAAGGCUCCAGCUACUUUGCGACAGAUCCCAUGGGUCCUCCACCGCCUCGACCUCACCGACCUGAGGGGCCACCGCGACCCCAGAGUUUCGCUGCUCCCUCGGCCUACCCUGGGUCAGAGCUUAUGGCACCUUAUCACGGCGGCAUGCCUCCGUAUGGACACUUCGGCAUGCCUGGCUACCCUCCCUAUCCACCAAUAGCUGGCUGGCCGGCUUCCAAUAGCAGCUCGCCUCCUCCGAAAGAAGAUCGUUCCAUCGCGGAAAUCGAAGCGUUGAAAGAGAUGAUCAAGCAGAAGUACAACGAUGAUGCGAAAAAGAAGGAAGAAAAGACCUCGGAGAUUGAUGAUCUGAAGAAGCUCAUCAAGAAGCAUGAAGAGGAGGCAGUCGCGCGUCAGAAGGCUUGGGCAGCGGAGAAAGAGGCUGAAGCGGCUGCAAGAGCUGCCGAGAAGGCCAAAAUCGAAGAGGAGAAGAAGCGCAAACAGGAAAUUGCUGACGCUCAGAAGAAAGCUAAAGAAGAUGCUGAGAAGAAAGCUGAGGAGGCUGCGAAGAAAGCCAAAGACGAGCAUGAGAAGAAGCUGGCUGAAGCUGAGAAAGCCAGGGAAGAUGCUGACAAGGCGAAGAAAGCGCUCGAAGAGGAGAUGGCAAAGAGCAAGCCCAGUCCCGACUCAGCAAAAGCGCCGAUCAGAUUCAAGGACGCCGUGGGCAGGAAGUUCAGUUUUCCAUGGCCAUAUUGCAAGACAUGGAAAGGCAUGGAGAACCUGAUCAAGCAAGCCUUCCUGCAUGUCGAUGUCAUCGGCGACCACGUCCACCAAGGCCACUACGAUCUCACCGGACCGGACGGCGAGAUCAUCCUGCCUCAAGUAUGGGAUAUUGUUGUCCAGCCCGAUUGGGAAGUCACGAUGCAUCUGUGGCCAAUGGAGGAAGAGAAGAAGAAAUCGCCCGACAUCGAUUCCAUGAUCGAUCCCUUUGGCGGUAUGGGUCUCGGCGGCAUGCCAAAUUUCGGCGACCUGGGCAUGAUCCCUGAAGUCGGCGGCCCCGGCAUCAAGAAGUCCAAGUCUGGCAAGAAGGGUGAUGGCAGCAAGAAGAAGAAAGCCGGCGGCGGCAGCCCAGAAGCUAUGAUUGUCAACCCUUCCAUGCCGCCUCCGCCUCCUCACCACGGCAUGCCCCCUCCACCAGGUGGUGGGUACGGCGACCCCUUCGCUCCGUACGGUGGCGGCUUUCCCCCGAUGCCCAUGCCUGAGAAGGAGAAGAAGGGUUCCUCCAAGCCUCGCUCGAACUCGAAGAGGAGCAAGGACAUUUCUCCUCUGCAGGCGUGGUUCGCCGGUGGGAGCAUGAAUGCUAAGGCGGCGAAGAAGAAGUGA